AUAAAAUUAGUUCAUGAAAUUCUCAGGAAACUUAGGAGCACUCGGUAUGUUGAGAGUCCUACACAUUUCCAUGAUGCCUGUGAGUUACUCAAACUGAUUGUGUAUAGUUUAAAGUGCUUGUUGAGAUGUAGAGGACUGUGUAUGGAAUUGUAGUGUGUUGCAUUGAAAAGAGUCUGAGGUGUUGAGUCUGGUGUCCUCAGAUACUGUAGAGGUUUAUGCAUCAUGUGACUUACACCCAGGAGUAAUGGGAUUCCCAAGCCCAGAGAGCCAGCUGUGAGGUGCCUACGCAGCCCUGCUCCCUGGGUGGGCUCAGUUAGGGCCUGGUGUGUCCAUCUGAUAAUCUCCUAAGGUGAUGGGACAUCUAUGUUAUCAGGGCAUUUCCACUGCUGCACGGAGAGGACACCCGUCUUCCACUGGACUGGGAGUUCCUGGAGUACUGCCUCUGAAAAGCUGGCAACAAUUUCUUAAAUUCCAUCUCAGUUUUCCUUUUUGCUGAGUUUCAGAACAUCCAGAAGCCAUGAACGACAUCAGUAAUGAAGAGUUUGACUGCCAUUUCCUCGAUGAGGGCUUUACUGCCAAGGACAUUCUGGACCAAAAAAUUAAUGAAGUCUCUUCUUCUGAUGAUAAGGAUGCCUUCUAUGUGGCCGACCUGGGAGACAUUCUAAAGAAACACCUGAGAUGGCUGAAAGCUCUUCCUCGGGUCACCCCGUUCUACGCAGUCAAAUGCAAUGACAGCAGAACCAUAGUGAAGACCCUCGCUGCCAUCGGGACGGGAUUUGACUGUGCCAGCAAGACUGAAAUACAAUUGGUGCAGAGUCUUGGGGUGCCUCCGGAGAGGAUUAUCUAUGCAAAUCCUUGUAAACAAGUGUCUCAGAUUAAAUAUGCUGCGAAUAAUGGAGUCCAGAUGAUGACUUUCGACAGUGAAGUGGAGUUGAUGAAAGUUGCCAGGGCUCAUCCAAAGGCAAAGUUGGUUUUGCGGAUUGCCACUGAUGAUUCCAAAGCGGUCUGUCGUCUCAGUGUUAAAUUUGGAGCCACACUCAAAACCAGCAGGCUUCUUUUGGAACGAGCAAAAGAGCUAAACAUUGAUGUCAUUGGUGUCAGCUUCCAUGUGGGAAGUGGCUGUACGGAUCCUGAGACCUUCGUCCAAGCCAUCUCCGAUGCCCGCUGUGUCUUCGACAUGGGAGCUGAGGUUGGUUUCAACAUGUACCUGCUGGAUAUUGGUGGUGGCUUUCCUGGAUCUGAAGAUGUGAAACUGAAAUUUGAAGAGAUCACCAGUGUGAUCAACCCAGCCCUGGACAAGUAUUUUCCGUCAGACUUGGGAGUGACCGUCAUAGCUGAGCCUGGCAGAUACUUUGUUGCAUCGGCUUUCACACUUGCAGUUAACAUCAUUGCCAAAAAACUGGUAUUAAAGGAACAAACAGGCUCUGAUGAUGAAGAUGAGUCGAGUGAGAAAACCUUUAUGUAUUAUGUGAAUGAUGGAGUAUAUGGGUCGUUUAAUUGCAUCCUCUAUGAUCAUGCGCACGUGAAACCUCUUCUGCAGAAGAGGCCCAAACCAGAUGAGAAGUAUUACUCAUCCAGCAUAUGGGGACCAACCUGUGACGGCCUUGAUCGCAUUGUGGAGCGCUGCGGCUUGCCCGAGAUGCAUGUGGGGGACUGGAUGCUUUUUGAAAACAUGGGCGCUUACACGGUUGCUGCUGCUUCUACUUUCAAUGGAUUCCAGAGGCCAACUAUCUACUAUGUGAUGUCAGGGCCAACAUGGCAACUGAUGCAGCAAGUCCGGAGCCACGACUUCCCCGCCGAGGUGGAGGAGCAGGACGUCGGCCCCCUGCCCGUGUCCUGUGCCUGGGAGAGCGGAAUGAAACGCCACCCGGAGGCCUGCGCUUCCGCGCGUAUUAAUGUGUAGAUGCCAUUCUUGUAGCUGUUAUGCGCAUGUAGCUUGACUUAAGGGAAUUGGGGGGACCAUUUAACUUAAUUAUUGCUAAUUUGGAAAUGUCUUUGUAAGUAGGGCUGGCACAGAUGGAACAAUGUGGGAGGCCUAGGCGAUGAGGUCACACUUAUCUGUGUUCCUAUGGAAACUUUGAAUAUUUGUUUUAUAUGGAUUUUUAUUCAAUUUUCAAACAUGCUACUAAGAGUGCCCCUCAGCUGCCCAGCAAGCAUUUGUAGCUUGUACGUUGGCAGAACAGGCCAGAGGCUCAGUGUUGUGACCUGUUUUAACAAUAAAGUACCUUGAAAAUUGGGUGUCGGGAAAUUUUCAGUGUGUCCGUUCCACACA